GUUUUCUCCUGUCUUCUCCCAUUUUCUUCGCUGUAUACACCUACUAAUACACACACAUACGUAGAAGAGAUCGUAUAGUUUUUGCUUCGGAUUAUUGUUGGAUAGCAAUGGCGGCGAGCAACGGCGCUUCGAGCAACGGUCUGAUCGUCAGUUUUGGUGAGAUGUUGAUCGACUUCGUCCCGACGGUGUCGGGGGUGUCGCUGGCGGAGGCGCCGGGGUUCCUGAAGGCUCCCGGCGGCGCCCCGGCCAACGUCGCCAUAGCCGUCGCAAGGCUCGGCGGGAAGGCCGCGUUUGUCGGCAAGCUUGGGGACGAUGAGUUCGGCCACAUGCUCGCUGGGAUCCUGAAGGAGAACGGCGUGUCUGCCGAUGGUGUGAACUUUGACAAAGGUGCGCGCACUGCUCUGGCGUUUGUGACCCUACGCGCCGACGGAGAGCGUGAGUUCAUGUUCUAUAGGAAUCCCAGCGCUGACAUGCUGCUCACCCCCGAUGAGUUGAAUCUCGAACUCAUUAGAUCUGCUAAAGUGUUCCAUUAUGGAUCAAUAAGCUUGAUCGUGGAGCCAUGCAGAUCAGCGCAUUUGAAAGCCAUGGAAGUGGCCAAGAGCGCUGGAGCAUUGCUUUCUUAUGACCCCAACCUCCGGCUGCCGCUGUGGCCGUCAGCUGAGUAUGCUAAAGAGCAAAUAAAGAGCAUUUGGAAUAAAGCAGAUGUGAUCAAGGUCAGUGAUGAGGAGCUCGUAUUUCUCACCGGAAGCGAUAAGGUUGAUGAUGAAUCCGCCAUGUCCCUAUGGCACGACAACUUGAAGCUCCUCUUAGUUACACUUGGAGCCAAGGGUUGCAGAUAUUAUACCAAGAAUUUUCGGGGAGCUGUGGAAGGGUUUGCAGUGAAGACAGUAGACACAACUGGGGCAGGUGAUUCCUUUGUGGGAGCCCUCCUUGGGAAGAUUGUUGACGACCAUUCAAUAAUCCAGGACGAAACGAGGUUGAAGGAAGCAUUGAAGUAUGCAUGUGCAUGUGGAGCAAUAACCACGACUAAAAAGGGUGCAAUCCCAGCUCUUCCAGCACACUCCGAGGUCCUUUCCGUUCUCAAUGGACCAAAAUAGAGGAAUUGCCAGUUGCCUCAAGUAGUUGUUUUCCUUUUCUUUUUCUUUUUUUAUCUUUUCCUAAGCUUUUUAACCUAAAGUUUUGCUUCUCCUUUUUCAAUUUUUAUUUGACCCUUGUUGAGAUGCUGCAACUAUCUCUUAAAUUGUGAUUGAUAAAUAAAGACAGCUUCUUCA